GAUGGCGGGGAUGGCGGCGGCGCUGGCGAAGGAGCGGGCGGCGGCGGCGGGCGCGGGGCGGCACGGGCAGGCCGUGCCCUACCUGGGGCAGGACUUCGGGGCGCUGCGGCGGGAGUGCCUGCAGGGCGGCCGCCUCUUCAACGACCCCUCUUUCCCCGCCGGCCCCGCCGCUCUCGGGUACCGGGAGCUGGGGCCCAACUCCUACAAAACGAAGGGCGUCGUCUGGUGUAGACCUACGGAGCUGUGUUCCUGUCCGCGGUUCAUCGCCGGCGGAGCCACGCGCACCGACAUCUGCCAAGGAGCCCUGGGGGACUGCUGGCUCUUGGCAGCUAUUGCCUCCCUCACUCUGAAUGAAGAAAUUCUGGCCCGUGUUGUUCCCAGAGACCAGAGCUUCCAAGAUGAAUAUGCAGGAAUCUUCCACUUCCAGUUCUGGCAGUACGGAGAGUGGGUGGACGUUGUGGUGGACGACCGGCUGCCCACCAAGAAUGGGGAGCUGCUCUUCGUGCACUCAGCAGAGGGCAGCGAGUUCUGGAGCGCGCUGCUGGAGAAGGCCUACGCCAAGCUGAAUGGAUCAUACGAGGCUCUCUCUGGUGGCACCACCACUGAAGGCUUUGAGGAUUUCACCGGUGGGAUUGCAGAGUGGUAUGAGCUGCAGAAGGCACCACCCAACCUCUUCAAAAUCAUUCAGAAAGCGCUGCAGAAAGGCUCGCUCCUUGGCUGCUCCAUCGAUAUCACCAGUGCAGCUGAGACAGAGGCAGUCACGUCGCAGAAGCUGGUGAAGGGACACGCGUACUCUGUCACUGGGGCAGAGGAGGUGAACUUCCGUGGAAGUAUCCAGAAGCUCAUCAGAAUCCGAAAUCCCUGGGGGGAAGUGGAGUGGACUGGGAAAUGGAAUGAUAACUGCUCAAACUGGAAUGGUGUUGACCCAGAGGUGCGGGAGCGGCUGACGAGGAGACAUGAGGAUGGGGAGUUUUGGAUGGCCUUCAACGACUUCCUGAGGCACUACUCCCGCCUGGAAAUCUGCAAUCUGACUCCGGACACUCUGGCAAGUGAUAGGUACAAGAAGUGGAGCCUGCUGAAGCUGGAUGGGAACUGGAGGCGAGGAGCUACUGCAGGGGGCUGCAGGAAUUACCCAAACACUUUCUGGACGAAUCCACAGUAUUUAAUUAAGCUGGAGGAAGAAGAUGAGGAUCCUGAUGAUCCUGAGGGGGGCUGCACAUUUCUCAUUGGCCUGAUUCAGAAGCAUCGGAGGAAGCAGAGGAAGAUGGGAGAGGACAUGCAUACCAUUGGCUUUGCAAUUUAUGAGGUGCCUCCAGAGUUUUCUGGCCAGACGAAUAUUCAUCUGAGCAAAAAUUUUUUCCUGACUAACAAAGCAAGAGAAAAAUCCAACACCUUCAUCAACCUCCGGGAAGUGCUGAACCGGUUCAAGCUCCCUGCGGGGGAAUACAUCGUUGUGCCCUCUACCUUUGAACCCAACUUGAAUGGAGACUUCUGCCUCCGAGUCUUCUCAGAGAAAAACGCAAACUCAGCGGUUAUAGAUGAUGAAAUAGAGGCCAAUUUUGAAGAGACUGAGAUCAGUGAAGAUGACAUUGAGCCUAACUUCAAAAAGCUUUUUGGGCAGCUGGCAGGAAGCGAUGCAGAGAUCUCUGCCUUCGAGCUGCGCAGCAUCCUGAAUAAAAUCUUGGCUAAGCGCCAAGAUAUUAAAUCUGAUGGCUUUAGCAUCGAGACAUGCAAAAUAAUGGUUGACCUGCUAGAUAAUGAUGGGAGUGGAAAACUGGGGCUGAAGGAGUUCCACACACUCUGGACAAAGAUUCAGAAAUAUCAGAAAAUUUACAGGGAAAUCGAUGUGGAUCGAUCUGGAACUAUGAAUUCAUAUGAGAUGAGAAGAGCACUGGAAGCUGCAGGGUUCAAGUUGAACAGCCAGUUACAUCAAAUCAUUGUGGCUCGGUUUGCUGAUGAAAACCUCAUCAUUGACUUCGAUAAUUUUGUCCGGUGCUUGAUUCGGCUGGAAACCUUAUUUAAAAUGUUUAGAAAACUGGAUACCGAGAAAACUGGAACAAUAGAAUUGAACCUCAUUAAUUGGCUCCUCUUCACUGUCAUCUGAACUACUGCCAUCAGCCCAAGAUGCUUCAAAAAGGUGAAGAUCAGAUGAAGAUAAACAGCAUACAAAGCAAAACAUACAUAUGUACUAAACUACACGUGCCUUAACUUACAAAUGGGAACUUUGCACAUGCUUACAAGGAGAAAAGAGCUAAUUCCAUGGCAGAAGAAUCUGCAACCUUGUUUAAUAGGUUUAAUAGUCUUUAUAUAAUCCCACGUACCCUCUGUACAGCUUUAUUACUGUAUAAAUCCUCAGUGCAACUUCUGAAAAUAUUUCUUUACUAAUAUCUUCCUAUGUAAUGUGGGAAGAAAGAUCAUUAUGCUUGAAUAAGGGCUUUUAUAAUAGCAGUACCACAAAGUCCCGCAUAUCUGAAAGGGGAUGGUAUUUUAACACCUCAUAACACAGGCGUUCAGGUAAGACCUGGGGCCCUGCAUGUUUUCUGUUAAGCUUCAUCAUUAUUCAUUCAGGUUAAAUAUUUUUUGAAGGACUUGAAUAGCAAGUAACACAUUUAAACAAACUGAAGGCAAGUCUGUGUCCUGACCAUUGAUAUCCCUGGAGCAGGAAAGGCUGUCAGCAACUCAGUCCUCACCAGAUAAAGCACAUGCUCUCAGGUCUUGAGCAUCUUUUUUUUUUUAUCUUCCUUUGAAAUACAAGUAUUUAAAUAAAAAGAUAACAGUGGAAAUAAGGUUUGCAAGAUCCUUAUUGUUUCUGAAGACGAGCAACAUUUCUUUGGGGGGGGAGAGUCUUGCAGAAUAUAUGCAGAGCUUCAGUUGUCCAAAACAGAACCAGUUGCCUCUUAAUAUGGAAAAAAAAACCCACAUUUUGGAGCUGAUCAGGCACUAACAGACAUUGAAUGUACAUCUCCUAAUGCAGUACUAGACAGCCUGACACUUUAAAAGAUUAAUGCUUGAAAAACUUUGUUUUCAAGAAAGAUGAUCACUCCUAUAUAUACCUCAUACCUGACCUAUUAAAACAGUGAGGCUGUAAACACGAGCAGAAUUCUCACUACAGCUGACACAACUUCGUCCUCUUGAGAAUUUGUAUCCUUUUUACACUUUCUUUUACUUAGGGAAACCUUUUGAGAAAGAAGCAAGAACUUAUCCUGUAGGAAAGCACAAGCCUGAAGGUGAGGCAGAGGUACAUCAAAUUCCUUACCUUUGAGGAAAUAUUUGAUACUUUCUACUAAGUAACUGAUUACCAAAUGAUUAUUCCUGAACUGACAGCUAUAAACAAUAUUUCCACUGGAAAUUUGUAUUUGGAAAAUACACUGCUCAAUUUUUUUUUCUUAAACGUAUCCCUCAGAAGCUAAGGUUAACACAGGUUAUAUGCAACUACCAGUUAAGGCUUAAAUAAAGAAAGAUAAUGUUUAAUUAAUUGGUGGAGGGGGGUAAAGACAGAGUAAUUGAAUGUGACCAUAACGUAGA